UCCUCUUGACUGAGUCUUCUUUGAAACAGCCCUCCGGGUGAGAGCAGGUAGCGGCUGCUGCUGUCUCUCAGUCUCCACUGACUAUGCAAGCAGCCAGAUGAAGAAAGGGCCAGUAGGCCAUGUGGCAUGCUGUCCCAUAUACUGCAGCAGUUUGUGUGGUGUUCGACCCUCUGAGAUUUUCGCCUGAUAAUCCAAUCAAGAAACACGCGUACAGCUUCAUUCCCUUCUCAGCCGGAUCAAGAAACUGCAUUGGACAGAACUUUGCCAUGCACGAGAUGAAAGUCGCCGUCGCUCUGACGUUACAGAGAUUUGAGCUGACUCCAGAUCUGGACAAGGACAAAGAGCCACUGAAAGCCGUUCUGAUAGUGCUGCGCUCUCUGAACGGCAUUCACGUGAAUCUGAGGAAACUGCAGAGUAAAUCGUGAACGCAGGAGGCUGUUCUGUGCUGUUAUUGUAUGUUCUGCUUCUAUGUCAGAGAGAUCAGUAAAUGUGAAUGUGAUGUACUAACAA